AUGUCGUUAGCACAUACUCCACCUCCACCACAAACACAAGAAUUGGCUCAAGCUGCCCCAAUUGUAACUGUUACUAAAUGUUUGAUUUGUAAUGAUGACAUGACAGAUACUCAAGAUAUUUUAGUUAUUGCUACAUGCAAUCAUGAAUUCCAUCGAAUUUGUAUCGAAACAUCCUUAUCUCAAUCUGCUGAAUGUCCUUGUUGUCGAAAAAGCUGUGACUUAGCAGAUCUUACUAUAAAAAGAUUUGAAACUCAUUUGCCAAGGAAUAGCCCUAGACCGAAACAAGUUGCUCAAACUCGUGCAAAGGCUAGAGGUGCUAUGGCAAAGAAAUAUAACACUCGUGGUGCUAGUAAAAAUUUAAAUCAGGAAUUUGCUCAAACUCCUAUAGCUAACUCUGGUCCAUCAAAUUUACAUUUGAACACAGGAAAUUAUGAAGUAAAUAGUCCUUUUCGAAAUAAUCAGUAUGUACCACAAAGCCAAACACCAAUACAACAAAAUUUUCAGACUUUACCAAAUAGACCGACUAUACAACCAUCUGUCGAUUUGUCACAAUUGAAUCAGAUGAUAGAAAACUCAAUUACUAGACUUCUAGGCAAUUUGAAUAUAAUUCCCAAUAAUAACCAAACGUUUUCUCAAAAUAAUUUUCAACCAAUUCCCCAGCAACAUUACCAAAAUUUUUACGGAAAUAAUUUGCGUCCAAACUCUGCUACAAAUCAGCCAACUAGAGAAGAACCUUUUGCCAUGAGAGCAGAAAAAGUUACGUCCAUAAUCCAAAAUUGGAAUUUAAAAUUUGACGGUUCUACCAAUGGUUUGAAUGUAGAAGAAUUUCUGUACAGAUUGGAAAAGCACUCGACUGGUACUGGAGGUACCAUAAACAGAAAAAACUUUCCACAAAAACAACCACAACAAUAUUAUCCACGGCGUAAUAUUGCCGAAUUAGAAGUUCCAGAGGAAUAUUCCACUGAGACCACUAACUCUGUAGAGCCUACUGUAGAUGCCAUUAGAACAGUCCCCGUCACAACAAACUACACCGGGGCCAAUGUUUCGUGCAUUGGUUCAGAUCUUGCCAACUAUGAUUUUUCAAAAUUUUCCGAUUUUUCACCAAUUAAGACUAUAGUAAGAACCGCCGAUGGUACAGUGCAAAGGACUCUUGGCACUUUAGAUGUCGACAUUCGUUUUAAAGAUCAAGUUAAUAAAUUAAAGAUUUUAAUUGUACCCUCUCUUUCCCAACGAUUGAUAUUAGGUUUAGAUUUCUGGAAGUCGUUCAAACUUGCGGCAGAUAUGUUUGAAUCUGCAAUAGUGUCAGAUACGUCCGAAAAUUCGUCUGUUUUGUCCGAGAUUAUAAAAAUGUCCGAUUUGUCUGAAAAUAAGUCCGAUUUGUCCGAAAAUAAUCAAAAGUCUCAAAUAAUAGACAAUUAUCAAUACCCACUAACUCCAAGUCAACAACAGCAAUUAACUGCAAUAAUUAAUUUAUUUCCAAAUUUUGAAAAGAAUGGUUUAGGGAAAACUAGCUUAAUAAAGCACGAAAUUGAUGUUGGAUGUGCUAAGCCCAUCAAACAAAAGUUUUACCCCGUCUCACCCGCUGUGGAAAGACUUAUAUUCAAAGAAAUUGAUAGGAUGUUGGCCUUAGGCGUGAUAGAAGAAUCUUCUUCACCGUGGAGUUCCCCAAUGCGGUUAGUUUUGAAACCCAAUAAAGUUAGACUGUGCUUGGAUGCCAGAAAAGUAAAUUUCUUAACUAAAAAAGAUGCUUAUCCGCUACCCAAUAUUGAUGGAAUAUUUUCACGAUUACCAAAAGCAAACCUGAUAUCAAAGUUAGAUCUUAAAGACGCUUAUUGGCAGAUUGGCUUAGCCGAUGAAGCAAAACCUAUAACUGCCUUUACUGUACCGGGACGUCCCCUGUAUCAGUUCAGGGUUAUGCCAUUUGGUCUUUGCACGGCUCCGCAGACAAUGUGUCGAUUAAUGGAUCAAAUAAUUCCCCCUGAUUUGAAAUAUUGCGUUUUCGGUUAUCUUGAUGACCUGAUAAUAGUAUCAGAAGAUUUCUCGUCACAUUUGUCCACUUUAGUAAGAAUAGCUGAGCAGUUUCGUAAAGCUAAUUUGACUUUAAAUGUCACGAAAAGUUCUUUCUGUGUUACUCAGGUAAAGUAUUUAGGUUAUGUUAUCGGUUGUGGAGGUAUUAAAACGGAUCCGGAGAAAAUUGAAUCAAUUCUUAAAUGGCCUGUCCCUAAGAAUAUCAAACAGGUUCGCGGUUUCCUCGGUCUCGCAGGCUGGUACCGUCGAUUCAUUGAGAACUUCUCCACCGUGGUAUUUCCAAUCACAGAAGUACUGUCAACGAAACGUAAAUAUCAAUGGACUGAAAGUGCUCAGACUGCCUUUGACACCAUUAAGACUAUGUUAACAACAGCUCCCGUUUUGUCCAAUCCAGAUUUCUCUCAGAAAUUUUACCUACACUGUGAUGCCAGCGACUAUGGCAUUGGUGCUGUUUUGGUUCAACUAGAUAAAGAAGGAUGUGAAAAACCAAUCGCGUACAUGUCUAAGAAACUCAACACAGCACAAAGGAACUAUAGCGUCACUGAACGCGAAUGUUUAGCCGCGGUUGAAGCGAUACAAAAGUUCCGCUGUUACUUGGAAUUACAAGAAUUCGAAGUAAUCACGGACCAUUCUUCUUUAGUCUGGCUUAUGAAGCAACCCAAUUUAAGUGGAAGAUUGGCCCGCUGGGUUUUUAAACUCCAAUCUUAUAAAUUCUCAAUUAGUCAUCGAAAAGGAAAAGACCACAUAGUCCCAGAUGCACUAAGUAGAAUGUACACUGAUGAAGUAGCUUCCAUAGAACUAGCUGAAGAAGAAAUCGAUCUGGAUUCCCCACAUUUUGAAGACAAAGAUUAUCAGGAUUUGAAAACCAAAAUCUUACAAAAUGAAGCACAAUAUCCAGAUAUAAAAAUUGUGGAAAAAUAUGAUUUACGAACCAGACCAAUUGCUUUCAGUGUGGGACAAGAGGUUUAUCGAAGAAAUUUCUCCCAAAGCAACUUCGAAAAACGAUAUAAUGCCAAAUUGGCUCCAGUGUUCCUUAAAGCAAAGAUCCGUGAAAAAGUAGGCAAUCAUUACUAUGUUCUUGAAGAUACGAAUGGCAAAGUUGUAGGUACCUUUCAUGCGAAAGAUAUUCGCCCGUAA